UCUAAAUUACAGAAGAAAAAGAUGAACCAAUGUGAUAUCAGAUGAAGAGGCCCCAACCAGUUUAAUGGAAACAAGAUCUGCUAAGAAAAUAAGGCUUAUCAAUGAAAUCUACGAAAGCUUUUCAUCAUGUGGUGAAGAUAGGAUUAGUGAUCUUCCAGAUGCAGUUCUUCAUCAUAUUCUUUUUUCUCUUCCAAUUAAAUCCAUUGCCAAAACUAGUGUCCUUUCUAAACGAUGGAGACAUCUAUGGUACACAUUCCCAGAUCUCGAUUUUACCACUAUCAACAUCCCGUCAUCUAUUAACUCAACGCCAAAAGUCAUCCCAAAUAAUCGUAAAAAAUUACACACUACUUGGAGUAAUAUCUCAGGAGGAGCUGAUUUCAUUGAUCAAGUGUUGUCCCUUCGCGAAAAAAAUUCAGGGAUUAGAUUCCUCCGUUUUCGUGCAAAUUUGAGUUUCUCUCGAUUGAAUAGCCUGAUUCGUGGCGCUGUUAAACACAAUGUUCAAGAACUAGAUGUUGAGGUUGCAACCAAUGAUUAUUUUAAUUUCCCUCGAAGUGCAAUUAGUAGUAAUUCUUUAAGGGUUUUUAAAUUAAAGUCUAAGUAUCCAGGGUUCAGGUUACCUCCUUCUUCAAUUAUGAAAAAUGGAUUCAGAAAUUUGUUCUCACUAUCACUUUCGUGCAUUAUUAUGUACGAACAACCUUCACUUCAUGAUUUGUUUACAGAUUCAUCUUUCCCAUUGCUUAAAAAGUUGAAUCUUGAAAAUUGUAGUGGACUAAUAAAUCUACAUGUAAGUUGUCGUGUACUUGAAGAAUUAACCCUAGAGAAUUGCUUUCAAUUGGAGAAUUUGGACAUUACGGGUCCAAAGUUGGAGAGUUUGAGUGUCAAGAGUUGUUUUGAUUCGUACAGUAGUGGUACUGAGGUCAAGAUUAAUGGUCCUAGACUUAAAAGGAUAAUAUGGUCGAGUAAUACUAUUACGGACCAAAGUUGUUUGGAGAAUUUGACUUCUUUGAUUGAGGCGUUGGUUGGUUUUUUUGCUCUUCUUGAGGACCUUAAUGAAAUGAAGCUUCGGAGUGUGAAUGAUUUCUUGUCGGGGCUCUCUCAUUCCCAUUCUUUAGUUCUUGAAAACCAAAGCGUUGAGAUUCUGUCGAAAAAUAAUCACUUGGCAGGAAUUUCACUGCGUCCUUUUACAAAACUGAGAUGCUUAGAGUUGCACACAGGAUUCCGCAAACACAACAUUCCAGGAUUAGCAAAUCUAUUUAGGAGUUCUCCAGCUACUAACACACUCAUUCUCAACAUUACCAAUGACCACAACAUCGAAAGAAGGAAAUGGAACAGGGACCUAUGGCAAUUGUCCAACUCUGGUGAAGAAAGAUUUUGGGAGUCACAAAGCCAUGCCAUAAAUUCCUUCCUUCAACAUCUUAAAGUAGUAAAGAUUUAUGGAUUCUCAGAGUGUGAAAGUGAUGUUAGUUUAGUCAAGUUUUUGCUGAAGCAUGGCAAAGUGUUGCAAGAAAUGUUCUUGUGUGCCGAGCUUUCCAAAUCAAGAGACUCUCUACAUAGAGAAAAAAUCAAGUCACAAAUAAUGGGGUUUUCCAAGGCAUCUUGUAACGCUAAGAUUGUUUUCAAGUGAAUGGCACCUGUAACCGCUACCCUUCGGGUGUACAGGGUAAACCCAACUCCUGUGUAAUAGCCCGCAAAUCAACAAAUCACACAUGAAGAUAAACCACACUAGGCAAGCUCCGUGCGACAGGCUCGACCUAAGAGGUAUGCAAGUGGAUUCCUCUACUCAACCAACUCUCCGAAGGGUAAUUGUUUUCAAGAGAACUUGCUAUAUUUGACUUCAAGAUUAAAACAAAGGCUAAUCGUCCUUUCCUAAUAGAUUUCCAAAUUUAUGGUAGCUCUGUCUCGAAAAGCAGUUUUGGACUCCAUGAGAUAGUGUAACCUAAUUUUGGCC